AUGCCUUCGCUUAAGUUCAACGUUCUGCUUGCGAUAUUUCUGGGUGCUGUUAAAUCUCAAGCACCUUUAAACUUUACGGAACUCACGGAACUAAAUGGAUACCAAUCUGAGGAACAUAAGGUGGUCACGGAAGAUGGAUAUGUGCUGACGGUAUAUAGGAUAACUAAAGGAGCUAAGUGUAAGGAGGAGAACAAAAAGACGCCGGUUUUCUUCAUGCCGCCUUUGCUCUCUGCUGCUGAUACAGCAAUGGAGGCUGGACCUGACGCAGCAGUUCCGUAUCUUAUAUCAGACGCCUGUUUUGACACGUGGGUAGGCAGCCCUCGAGGUACUUACAACGGCAGAAAACAUGUGCGACUAGAUCCUGAUAAAAACAAGGAGUUCUGGAGCUUCUCUGUAGACGAAAUAGGCAAAUAUGACGCACCUGCCAUGCUUGAAUAUGUGUUAAAGUACACAAAAAAGGAGAAGUUGAUGUAUCUUGGAUUCUCUCAAGGAGGCGGAUCGUUUUUCGUCAUGUGCAGUGAAAGACCUGAUAUUUGCAAGAAAGUCAAGCUUAUGAUCGGACUCGCUCCAGCUACAAGACAUUGGUACACGAAAUCAGUUUUCUUCAGAAUACUGUUCAAAAAUAUUGAGGAUAACCUGGAUGUGUUUGAUGAUUUGGGGAUUUGGGAAAUAUUGGGAAGAGAUCAAGUGACAGCAAUUCUGAGUGUCGUGUGUCGGAAUAAUUUAAAGUUGUGUGAGUGGUUGGUUUCUGUGGUAGACUCUCCUCAUCCAGGGUCAGUGGCUGUGUCAACAUACGGGAGAAUGUUAGAUCGCUUUCCAGCAGGAACAUCAGUGCAAAAUAUGAUUCGCUUCAGUCAAAGUUGUCGUAGUAAAAAGUUUGUUAAAUUCAGCUACGGGACUGAGAAAAAUAUGAAGGUUUACGGUAGUCCGGAUCCUCCAGAAUACAAUUUGACAGCAGCAGAUUUGCCUAUUUUAUUAAUGGUGGGUAGAAAUGAUGCGAUAGUGGAUGUAAGGGAUGUGAAAUGGUUGGCUAGUAAAUUACCAGAUGUGAAGGAAACUGUGAUAGUGGAGGAUCCUGAGUGGAAUCAUGUUGACAUGUUUUAUAGUAAAUUUAUUAAGAUGACGAUAUUCCCUAAAAUUUUGCAGUAUAUUCUUCGUUAUGACGAAAUGUGAUAAUAUAAUAUUUUAAUUAGUGUUUUUUUUAAGUAUAAGUAAGUGCGUUCAAGACUGGUCAUACUAAGUAACCGUUAGUGCGUUUUCACAUUAUCCGAACCGAUAUCCCAUACAUUACAGGCGUUAUCUUGGAUUUUUUCCAUUGAAAUCAUCGACAUCCGAUAUCGGAUCGGAUAAUGUGAAAACGCACUGAAGGUAACCGGUAGGUAUAAUGUAAAUUUUCAUAUUAUAUGACUUG